AACUAAGAUUAGAUAGAUUAAAUGCAUUACCAAAUCACCACUACUAACUACCACUCAGCUGGGUGGAUAUUUUCCUUCACGACGACGCGGUUUGUUGGAGCGCUUUUUCAACCUCUAUCCCCAGCUCACUCCAAAGAACUCUCAAACUCUUGUCGUCGUCGUCGUCAUUAUCAUCCGACCGGGUGAAACGAUGGCAGAAGCGGCGGUGAUCAUCGCGGGAUUCAAAUGGUUGGCUUCGCACCCAUUCAUAAUCGACCUCCUCAGGAAGGGAUACUCCUACAUCGACAUGAAUGUGAACGAAAAGCUGCAGGAUCUGCAAAAUAUCAUCAUCCCCCAAAUAGAGAUGCUGAUUGAGGCCGCAGAAAAUAGCCCGCAUAAAGACCGCCUUCAUAGUUGGCUGCGGAGCCUCGAGGAAGCAGUUUAUGAAGCAGAGGUCGUGUUGGACCUGUACGACUAUUACUUUCUCAAAAAAAAAGUGAAGAAUAGUACAGGAGGAAUCAAGGUACGUCUGGAAUCUCUUCCUCCAAUCAAAUACUUAUCAAAAAAAUUUAGUAUAAAGCUGAAAAACAGCUUGGUUAGGCUGGAAAAGACUGCUACGAAAGCCAGGGAAUUUCGGCCAUUCUUGCCCGGAGGGAGUAGUAAUGUAAGGGGAUCUGAAACUGCCAAUGAAUCAGGUCGGAGGGUCACCACCUCGCUGCUCACACACAAAGUGUUCGGCCGAGACAAGCAGCGUGAUCAUAUCGUUAACCUUCUGCAUGAGACGGCGGAGCUUGAACCCGAGUCUAGCUUUGUUAAAAGCUAUUCUGUAGUAGCCAUCGUUGGUCUAGGAGGAGCUGGGAAGACAACUCUUGCACAGUAUGUUUGUGAAUAUGAAAGAGAAGCAGAAGUCAAGCAUUUCGAUGUCACUAUGUGGGUUCAUGUGUCCCAGAUAUUUGAUGUUAAAGAGUUGACAAGAGAGAUGGUGGAAUCGGCAUCCGGAGAGGAAUGCCCUCGCCUUGCUAAUCUCAACACCCUUCAAGGAAAAUUGGAAGGUUCCCUAAGAUCAAAGAAGUUUUUACUAGUAUUGGACGAUGUAUGGAGCGAGAAAGAGGUGGCCGAGCUGCAAUGGGAGCAGUUGCUCGCUCCUUUACGAGUGGGCAAUAGAGGAAGUAAGAUCUUAAUGACAACCCGCGAUCAAAGAAUAGCGGAGGCCUUACGCGCUAGAAACAUUCUAGACCUAAAGGAACUAGAAAAAAGUGACUUCUUGUCCUUGUUCACGUACUAUGCCUUUGAUGAUGCCAAAAUUGAUGAUAUCAAGCUAUACGAGGAAUUGGAAGAGAUCGUGAGGCAGAAUACACCGAAGCUGCAUGGCUCUCCCUUAGCGGCGAGAAUGGUUGGUAGCCAACUACGCAAAAGGCCAGAUGUGAACUUUUGGAAGAGGAUUUUGAAUGGAGACCUAUUGAAAGACACUAUGAAGUCUCUAUUGUGGAGUUAUCAAAACCUAGAUGCACCAUUACAAAGAUGCUUCUCAUACUGCAGUCUAUUUUCUAAAGGUCAAGGAAUCCGGCAGGACAAGUUAAUUCGUCUGUGGAUCGCGGAGGGCUUCAUCAAGACAGUGGAUGGGAGCAAGAGAAUUGAGGAUGUAGGCCGAGAGUACUUUGAUGAUUUGCUAUCCUGCUCUUUCUUUCAGCCAACAGAAUACGGUGGUCUCUACACUAUACAUGAUUUAUUGCAUGAUCUAGCAGAGAUGGUUUCUAAAGAUCGAUAUCUUAGAGUUGAAGGAAAUCCGACAGAAGCGGUAGUACCUCAAAAGAUUCGUCAUCUUUCCCUCCACGUCGAUACACCGAGUGAUCUCAUUGAGAAGAUACGCAAUUUAAAAAAUCUCCGAACGUUGAUAGUCUUUAGGAUGACUCGUCAUAGUUACAAUGAUGAUAUGCUCCAUAGCAUAUCUGUCAAACUGAAAAAACUGAGGGUGGUGGAUCUUAGCACAUAUAGACUAGAAAAAUUACCAGAAUCAAUUGGGGGCCUGAAGCAUUUGCGCUACCUUGAUCUUUCUGCGUCAUCAGUUGAAAUUUUGCCAAAAUCAAUUUCUACACUCUACCAUUUAGAGUUUUUGUAUAUAGAUAAAUGUACAUUUGUAGCAAAAGGACUAGCCAACUGGAUUAAUUUGCACCAUUUAUAUUUCUCUAAUAUGAUUUUGGAUGUAGCUGGGAUUGGGAGCUUGAAACAACUGGAGAAUCUAAAAAAUUUUCAGGGGUAUUCAAUACAUAUUAAUGGUCUUGAGAAUGUUAAAGAAAACGGGGAGGCCCCUGUGGAGAUUAAAGGUAUUGAGGAACUUUGUUUAGAAUGGAGUACCACCGAUAACAUUAGCAGAUCGUCAGAAGUGGAUGCACAAGUACUCGAGGGUCUUCGUCCGCCUCCUGAUCUUCAUCAUCUCAAAAUCGUGGGUUAUAAGGGUUGCCUAUUGCCAAGUUGGAUGGUAAGAGACCGAUACCUCUUACACAAUCUUAUAUCUCUUGAGCUUAUCAAAUGCCGACAGCUAAAGCAACUCCCAAUCCUUCCCCCAACAAUGAAAAAACUCAUUCUUGAUGCUUGCUCUUCCCUUUCAUUUGUCCCCAAAGAGGAUUUAACAAUUAUUAGGUCCACACAAGAUGUAAGAAUUUCCCAAAGUAGUGACUUUUAUGGAGGGCUUGGUUGCUACAAACAGAUCCCGUAUUGUAUCGAAAAUACGCUGGGAUUUACAGCAUGGGUAGAGGAGGAGGAGGUGCAGCUAGUCCUGCCCCGUUCUCUUGAAAGUCUUGAUAUCGGCUCAUGUCCGCUCACCAACAGCACAUUGCGGGAAGGUUUGCGAGGUCUUACUUGUCUAAAGUUCCUGAAUCUUUUUAAUAUUGUUUCUCUUACAUCCCUUCCCUCGGCGGAUGUGUUGGGAUGUCUGACGGUGCUCGAAGAGCUACGUAUCAAACAAUGCUGGUUCCUAACCUCGCUGGGGAGUUUGCAAGCCCUCGGCUCAUUGUGGGAGCUCGUCAUAUCCUUUUGCCCCAACCUAUCUGCAGAAGGUGGCAGCACCUCUAUCCUGCCCUCAUCUCUAGGGUGUCUCGAGAUCGAGGCAUGUGAUUGGAAGCAUUUGGAUGAAUCGCUGCCUGAUCCGACUUCCUCAAUCAAUUCAGAGAGCUCGGACAUUAAUCCAUUCGCGGUAUCCCUUCAGCUGGGUCAUCUGGAAUCACUCCGGGAUUUGAGCAUCACCAACUGUCCAAAUAUUGGUUCGUUGCUCGGUUUGCAAGAGUUGAAUAACCUUAGAUUUCUAACUUUGAUGGGAUGUCCGAAACUCACCCAUGCAGAAACCAAGUUAGGGAGCCUCUUAAACCGGUUCAGCACUGAUGCUCCCUCGCUGCUCUAUCAAGUGUUUCAGCACCUCACCUCGCUCAAUUCCCUAGACUUUGAGAGUUGUAGCAGCAUCAAGUCCUUGCCUAACAACUUGGAAAGCCUAUCAUCCCUUGAAGCGUUGAGUAUUUCCGACUGCCCAAAUAUCUUGUCAUUGCCGGAUCUGCCGAGAUCACUUCUAUGGCUCGACUUGACACGCUGCAAUCCGAUGUUGAAGAGGCGAUGCCAAAAGCCUCAUGGCCAAGAUUGGUGUAAAAUAUCGCACAUCCGUUGGGUAUUCCUUGACGGAGUCGUCCUCUAGCAAUGGCUUGCUUGCCAAAAGUGGGAGAGAUAAAACUGUUGGAUCAGACAGAUGCAUGCGUGAAAGUAUUGCUCAUGGACGUGCAGAAGAAACAGAUGCAGGCGAUGAUUUCUCAGAGUCAUCAAGUGACUCGAAUGACAUUAUGACACGAAUUGAAGAGUUUUAGUUGUAAAAUUAAAAUUUUUCGAAGUUGGUUAGUUGUUUCCAUCAUCAAAGUUCAGGUUAGUUCUGAAAGUUUGCUUUAGGAAACUACGCAUAAAUCUGUCAGCACUUCUCCUUACAUCUACAUUCGUUUUGGCAUAUUUGAAUAUUAAAUUACUGUCCGUUUUCAGGAAAGCUGGUGCUGUACGCAGUGGUUAUCGAUCCUGUUUCAUUAGCUGAUUUGUUUGCUUUUUUUGCUCAGAGAAUAAGGUUUCCAGAUGUGGUGACAGAGUACAGGACUGUUAGUUUUACUAUACUUAGCAUCAAGUCAUCAACUAUCAAGUAUGAAAUCAAAAUGGCCUGCGAAUUGAUCAGAAGAUCCUUUCAGUUGGCUAUGAUCUGCUACUUGGAAUAAAAGAGAGAAGCAUGUAUCUGCUGCUAAGUUAUACAAAUCUCAACGGCUGUUUAUAUUUGAUUUGUUUAUAAUCUGAUUCUGCUCUGCCGCAGGAGUUCACAAAAAGCAUAAUAGAUGGUUCUGUCAUAAGAUAUGUAUCAUCUUGGGUUUAUGAUUCUUUUUUUUUUUUACUCCUUUCUUUUAUUUUGAAAAUAAUCCGGCAACAGUUGAAAACUUGUAAAAAAUUUCCAAUCAACUGCACCAGAAAAUUGGCUGCAAGAAUGUCGUCGGUUCGUGUUAUUUAUUGUGUAUUGUUUAUCAACAGCUUCUGUAUCUGUAUACUGUAAUGUGAUGAUAUUUAUCUAUA